AUGUGGAAGAAAGGGGAGCUAGUUUGGGUGAGAUUAAACCCUUCGGAUUCUUCAUGGAUUCCGGGUCGGAUCAUUGAUCCAUCCGAACCGUUUGGAAUCCUCGUUUCGUUCUUCGACCUAUUGGAACCAAGCUACGUUCCUACACUUUGUCUCCGAAGCUUCGAGCGCGAUUUUGAAACGCUGGUUGCAGAUUCGUGGAGGUACCGCCACUUCGUGGACAGAGCUCUGCAAACGCACUUCUCCAAUAUCUCUUUUAGGCUUUGGUGUUCUUGCCAACGGCCCUGGAUCGAUUCGCCCUACUUGGACAGAGAAAUAUAUAUCCCUGGGUCUCCUCUUAGUUCAGAUUCGGCUCUGGGUUUUGUUCGAGAGAUGGCCGUUUCGCGACGAGUGUCUCUUCGGAGAUUAGUUGAGACCAACAGUUCCACCGCUCAGAUCCUUAGCUUUAGGCGUUACACUGUUGAUUUCAAUCUCUCCGAAUCUGUCUAUGAACAAGUUAAAGAAAGUGCUAGGCUAGUGGAUCGUGUAGAUUGGUGUCUCGAUCCCUCCAACAAGAUGGACCUGGUUCCUCCUAUGUUUCCACACACCAGUAAUGAUUUGAGUCUAGGAGAUCCAUUUCCCAAAGAUAUCCAUCGGUGUUCUGUUGAUAAAGUAGUUCAGAGUUGGAACCCUGUGAUCAACAACUCUGAUUCUAGCGUCAUGAAAGCUUGUGCAACCAUGGCUAAAGUAUCUAAUCAUGAGGAGUCAGUGAACUUUGAGACUAAUGUUCAGGUGGAGGAGCAUAAGAACGCUGGAGAAGAGUUGGAAGCUAGAAAUGACGAGGUUGAAGAAGAAAAUAAAAAUGAAAAGGAUGUUGAAGAUGAGAAAGGUCACAGUGAAACAAGUGAUAAGGAAGAUUUUGAGGCAUCUAAGAGAGAAGAGGAGAACCUGAAACUGGCAGAGAACUUACAAGAUACAAUUGACGACUGUAAGAGCGAGGAGGCUAGAUUGGAGACAUCAGGUGGUGAGUGUGAUGAUGAAGAACAAAAGGCUGAGGAGUCCAGGAGUAAUAAGAAGGUUGAUUUAAGGAUAAUGACACUAGGAGAAUGGUUUAAAUCCAUGGAGGUUCAUGUGCAGAAAUGGAUAGUGGAGAAGACGGAGAAGGGGAAGUAAUGCUUUGAGAGUUGACCAGUAUAUUGCAGAGCAGAAACAAGCAGAGGGAAAAGAGAGUGUGAGUUAAUUAGAUCCAUGAUCUCUAUAUUACUGAGAAUACCAUGAUUCUUAGGUUGCUACGGUCUUUUUCGGUGUGUGAGAUUGUUAGAAGCACAUGUAUGUGCCUAUAUAACUCACUUGGUGCUAAUCUACAUGAUGAUUUUGUUUGUGCUUAG